GGGAGUCCCAAGAUGAAGAAGACGAAGGUCGGUAUCAAGACAGGAAUAUUCGAACGGGAAGCAGGCAAAGGGAGUCCCAAGAUGAAGACGAAGGUCGGUAUCAAGACAGGAAUAUUCGAAGAGGAAGCAGCCACUGGGAUGUUCGUGAUGAAGACGAUGGAAUUGAUCACACUGACAAAAAAGAUGAUUGUUUUGGUAGUUCACCAGAAGGGGCCGCAGAGGCGAGGGCGUGGGACGACGAAGGAAAUACUGAAUACAAGAGAGGCGAGAGGGAUGCAUCCCGGCACACAGUGGAGUGGGACAUCGAUCCCCAGGAAGAUUUCGAGCGAGCUCUUCUCGAGUGCGACCAAACGCAAGAAACAACAAAAAAAAUGGGAAGGAGAAAGAAACCUAGGUCUAGAUCUACUUCUCCACAACUUAGCGCAGACAGCGGACAGACGUCAAGGAGUUCGAGAACCCGAAGAGCCAAGCAGCGCCAAGACACGGCGACAGACGAUCGCUUUUCGGUUGCCGGAUCGGGAAGGAGAAAGAAACCUAGGUCUAGAUCUACUUCUCCACAACUUAGCGCAGACAGCGGACAGACGUCAAGGAGUUCGAGAACCCGAAGAGCCAAGCAGCGCCAAGACACGGCGACAGACGAUCGCUUUUCGGUUGCCGGAUCGGUCAGUCGGACGUGCUCUUCAUCAAAUAUUUCUCUAUAUAUUUACAUACAGGUUCUUCGAACCUUUGGUCAGGCUCAAGGUUAGAUCAUGGAAUUACUGCUGCCCACCUUCACUGGGUCCACUCAGACUCAACCCAAUCAGGGAAUAUCCUUCCUUACUACUUCUGAGUCUUGACCGUGAUAGAAUGACCUCCUACAACACAAAAUCAACCUGA